UUAAAACCCUGCACUAUUUACUUUCCCCUUCCCUGUUCUCUUUCCUCCUCUCAAAACCCCUCUCUUCUCUUCUUUCUCUCUCUAAAACGACCAUGGAUUCCAUGACCCUGAUUUGCACUGUUGGCCUCCUCUUCGUCGGCCUCUAUUGGUUUGUCUGCAUCCAUGGCCCGGCGGAGCAAAAGGGUAAGCGCGCCGUAGAUCUCUCCGGCGGCUCAAUCUCUUCCGAGAAAGUCCAAGACAAAUACGAUCAAUACUGGUCUUUUUUCCGCCGUCCCAAAGAGAUUGAGACGGCAGAGAAGGUCCCCGACUUUGUCGACACCUUCUAUAACCUCGUGACCGAUAUCUACGAGUGGGGAUGGGGCCAAAGCUUCCAUUUUUCUCCUUCAAUCCCCGGGAAAUCUCACCGAGAUGCCACCCGUCUCCACGAGGAGAUGGCUGUCGAUCUUAUCAAGGUUUCCCCGGGUCAGAAAAUCCUCGACGUUGGUUGCGGUGUGGGCGGACCCAUGCGGGCCAUCGCCGCUCACUCCCGCGCCAAGGUAACCGGGAUCACAAUCAACGAGUACCAAGUGAAGCGCGCUAAGAUGCACAACAAGAAAGCCGGAUUAGAUUCACUUUGUGAAGUUGUUUGCGGCAAUUUCCUUGAGAUGCCCUUCGAGAGCAACACCUUUGAUGGAGCCUACUCCAUUGAAGCCACCUGUCAUGCACCCAAAUUGGAUGACGUGUAUGCCGAGGUCUUCCGGGUUUUAAAGCCCGGAUCUCUGUAUAUGUCUUACGAAUGGGUAACCACCAGCAAAUACAACGGAGAUAACGAGGAACACCGCGAUGUGAUCCAAGGAAUCGAGCGAGGGGACGCGCUUCCGGGUCUUAGGAGGUACGAUGAGAUCGCUGCGGUGGCGAAGAAGGUAGGGUUUGAAGUUGUGGAGGAGAGAGACUUGGCAGCGCCACCAUCAUUGCCGUGGUGGGACCGUCUUAAGAUGGGAAGGAUUGCUUACUGGAGGAAUCACAUUGUGGUCACGGUUCUUGCUGCUAUUGGGGUUGCACCAAAAGGAACGGUGGAUGUUCAUGAUAUGCUGUUUAAAACCGCAGAUUAUCUUACACGUGGCGGUGAGACUGGGAUAUUUAGCCCGAUGCAUAUGAUCCUCUGCAGGAAGCCUGUUGAUGCUAAGUCCGAUUCUUGAUUUCUUAAAUAUCAGCCGCUGAUGUUGCUCCUCCUCCCUUGAAGAACAUCUUGAGGUAAUUAUUUAUUUUUAUAAAGGAAAAAGGAAUUAAAUUUGGUGUUCCUUUCAUCAGUACUCUUGUUUUUCUUUAGUUUUUUUUUUUGGUUAAUUAAAUUUGGGUUUUGUGGUUAUUUUUGGUAAUGAAAUUAAAUUAAAUCAAAUUAUAUGUCGUAAUUAAUUCCUGUUCUAUGUUUGCUUAA